ACCCUACGAAGCCAGCUGGUCAGUCGCGAGAGCCUCGCUAGACUGUCAUUUGCAUACGAUCUUCCAUCCAAGGCGAUCACAACCUCGCAUGACAGGAUGGCCAUUCUUGACAGUCACAACAAUGCUGCCGAGAUGUUCGAGGCCUACAUCGCUGCUGUGUUUUUCAGUGCCGACUCCCUCGAUUCGACGAAAGCCAACGCAUUCGCUAUUCUCAACGAAUGGCUCGAGCCCAUCAUGGACCAGCUUGCAGCAGAAGAGCAGCACGAUGGUGUUUCCAUUGCCUCGGACGAUUCGCAGCUUGACCGCGACGCCUCGGGAUCGAAAUCUCGCCUGCACGAGAUGCAGCAACGGUUAUAUAUCACCGAGCUGAACUACCAGGAGAAAAGCAUGGUGCCGGGGGGCGCUAAGGGCACGCAAGGCUUGAGGUGGAAGGUGUCCUGCAGUGCUCGGUACAAUGGACUGUAUAUUGCCCAUGGCGUGGUGCGAGACACCAAGAAAAAGGCAGCCGAGGUCGCGGCUUAUCUAGUACUCAAUGAGAUCAAAGACACGGGAUUCCGUAUGAGAUUGGGACGAAGAUGA